AUGAACUUUCAAUCCAAUAUCUCAAGAAAUAUAAUCAGUAGUUUUAACCAGUUAUUUUUUAACUGCAAUUAUAUUAAAGCUACAAAUAAGUGUAUAACUACUAGUAGGCAUAUUAGUACUGUUGAUACUAGAGUUAGUCAAACCUCAGUAUAUUCACCUCUUCAUCAGCCUUCCCAGCCUCACCCAGACAAGUCCAUGAAUGGAACACAUUGUCAUAUGAACGAGGGUCAGCAAUUGUACUCAGCACCUCAUUUUAGAAAGGGUAUACAGAAUCUAAAAAGUGAAGAUGAAGGGGAGGUUAAGGAAUAUUCAUUUGAGUCACCUAUAUGGAAUGAAGAUGAAGUCAAAAAUGUCCAAAUAACUCAUAUAACUCCUGAAACACUUAUUGAUAGGUUGGCAUACAAUAGUGUAUUAUUUUUGCGUAAAUCCUUUGAUUUACUUACUGGUUAUAAGUAUGGGCAUGAUGAAAGAAAAUGGUGUAGAAGAAUUGUUUUUUUAGAAACAAUAGCAGGUGUUCCAGGAAUGGUAGGUGCAAUGGUAAGGCAUUUGCACUCUUUAAGACGGAUGGAAAGAGACUAUGGAUGGAUUCAUACACUUCUUGAGGAGGCUGAAAAUGAGCGUAUGCAUUUAAUGAUAUCUUUACUUCUAAGACAUCCUCCAUCACUGUUUGUAAGAUUAUCUGUUUUAGGUGCUCAAUUUGGAUUUCUGAUAUACUAUACUUUGUGUUAUGCAAUAUCACCUAAAUACUGUCAUCGAUUUGUUGGAUACUUGGAAGAAGAAGCUGUUCGUACCUAUACAAGACUCAUAUCUGAUAUUGACCUUGGAAAAUUACCUGAAUUUACUUCUCCUGCACCUAAAUAUGCAAAAUUAUACUAUGGUUUACCCAAAGAUGCAACUUUGAAGGAUGUCUUUUUAGCUAUGAGACGCGAUGAAUCUCAUCAUAGGGAUGUUAAUCAUCAUCUAGCUAUUUUAAAACCUGGUGAUCCUAACCCCUUUGCUUCCAAAGUUUGA